AGUUGAACCGACAUGGCUGGAUUAGAAUUGUUAUCGGAUGAGCAGUUUCGCGCUGACGGCAGAAGGCCGAACGAAAUUAGACGAGUUAGGUGCAAGAUGGGUGUCUUCAAGCAGGCUGAUGGUUCUGCCUAUUUAGAACAGGGCGAUACUAAAGUACUGGCCGCCGUCUACGGCCCUCAUGAGGCCAAAUCAGGAAAAAAUAAGCCAAUGCAUGAUCAAGCGAUAGUGAACUGCCAAUAUAGCAUGGCAGUGUUCAGUACGACAGAACGGAAGCAGAGGCCAAGAGGUGAUCGGAAGUCGACUGAGAUCGGUCAGAAUCUGAAGCAAACAUUUGAGUCAGCCAUUCUUACUCAUCUCUAUCCAAAAUCACAAAUCAAUAUUUACAUUGAGAUUUUGCAAGCUGAUGGUAGUAAUUUGGCAGCAAGCAUCAAUGCUGCUACUUUGGCUCUGGUCGAUGCUGGCAUUCCCAUGAAAGGCCUGGUUUGUUGUUGCUCGGCUGGAAAUGUCGACGACACUCCACUCAUUGACUUGAACCAUGUCGAAGAGAGUCAGGGCGACCUGAAACUCACCAUAGCCAUGCUGCCUCUCACUGAGCAGAUUCUAAUGUUGAAUAUGAAUGGCAGGUUGCACGAAGAACGACUUGAAAAAGUUAUGAGUUCUGCUAAAAAUGGCUGCAAAGAAAUUUUAAAAGAUUUAAGUCAAGCUGUCCGUGAUCAACAAUUGGACUUGGUGACUGGGAGCUAAAUAUUUUUCAUUUGCUUGCUAUUUAUUUUUAUUUGUAUUGUUUGUUUGUAUUAUAAUUGACAAUGUCUUUAGUUGAUUGAACGGUUUAUGAAACAACAGUUUAAGGGAAAUGUAAUCAUUAUUCAUUCUGGAAAUAUGCAAUCUUGAAUAAAUAAAAAAGUCAAUAAAUACAUAAAUAAAUAAA